GACUCUGUAUUUUUAAACAGAGGGAGAGAGAGAGAACACCCUCACAAGUCACAAGUCACACCUUCUGAGUUCUGAUAUUCGUCCUCCCUUUGGAUCCUCUUACCUCUCGAGACGAUUUCCUCUCUGUCUCUGUCUCUCUCUCGUGCAGCGAGCCCUUACCAAACUUCCCUUCCUAUAAAUACCCUCCACUUUCUUUUUUCUUCUCCUGCUUACUCUCUCCCGCUCUGCCUCCCCCCCUCUAAAAUUUUCAGCUCUCUCUCUCUCUCUCUCGCUCGCUUGCUUCAUCUCUUCGGUCGUUCUCUCUUGAUCUCACCCUCUCUCUGCGUAUAUACAUAAAUUAUCUAAGAGAUAGAUGCUCUGUUGCUGAGCAGGGUCGUUUACUGAUACACAGAGGAAAGGAUAAAAGGCAGAUACAGAGUGUGAGAGGAAGGAGCUCUUGAUACUUUUCUCUGUUACAUCUACAAUGUCGGCUUGCAAGAUCGAAGAUCCUCGUAUCCAUGGCAUCAAAACUAGAAUCCGGGUCGUUCCCGAUUUCCCGAAGCCAGGGAUUAUGUUCCAAGACAUUACGACUCUGCUACUCGAUCCAAAGGCAUUUAAGGACACGGUAGAUUUGUUCGUUGAGAGAUAUAAAGGCAAAGAUAUAUCGGUAGUCGCAGGGAUUGAAGCUCGGGGUUUUAUAUUUGGUCCUCCCAUUGCAUUGGCAAUUGGAGCAAAGUUUGUUCCAUUGAGAAAACCAAGAAAGUUGCCAGGUAAAGUUAUUUCGGAGGAGUAUGUGUUGGAAUAUGGAACAGAUUGUCUUGAAAUGCACGUUGGAGCAGUUGAUCCUGGUGAUCGUGCUUUGGUAGUUGAUGAUUUGAUAGCAACUGGUGGUACACUUUGUGCAGCAAUGAAAUUACUUGAACGUGUUGGGGCUGAAGUGGUUGAAUGCGCAUGUGUAAUUGAACUACCUGAUCUAAAGGGUCGCGAGCGUUUGAAUGGCAAGCCAUUAUACAUACUGGUGGAAUCACACUGAUGGAGGCGAUGUCAUUUGCGUCUCUGUUCUUGCAUCUGCGGGGUUGAUGAUCUGUACAUUAGAGGGAUAUACCAUUGGUGGUUCCAUUUCAUGUAAUCCAUUCCUACUUCCUAGCUGGAAGACUGCUUUCAUUUUCUUUUUAUGCCACGAGUAGGUGAUUUUGUUUACCUUACCUUAACUUGAUGCAGUUCUUCUGGACUUAUCAUGCAAACUGUUUCGUUACAUAAUUGAUAAAACAGUCUGUGCCUGACUGCCUGUUGGAGCGUUUCCUUUU